UAAAAAAAAGAUUUUAGCAUAUAAUUUGAAUGCGAUGGACUGUUUCAAACUCAAAUUAGUAAUUGAGAUUACAUAAAAUCGCAACAAAAAAAGAGAAUAUUUUUCUGAUUAAAAGGAAUUUAUGAAAGAAAUUAAAUUUAUUUUGUAUGUAAAAAUCGCAUAAAUCAAGCAGCAUCAGAAGAAUUUCUUUAUGCACCUUUGGCGACUUCUCUAGAUUCCCACUGUCCUAUAAAUUAUUUCCAUCUCUUCAUUUGUGAAAAUUAUACUCUUCCAGCUUCGUUUCUAGCGUGACCAAGAAUGAGUCAAUUUCCUCCAUUUAUCAGUGGGCUAGAUUUGGCAGACUUGGUGGUCAACGCCGACCUGCUCCAGCUUUCAUGUGAUGCCAUAGAGGACCUGCACGCAGAAACCAAUCCACAUCAACAACUGUCCAGCACUCUGUCUGUAAGACACAAACUUGUUCAACAAUCGAAUUGUACCAUCAUAGCUUUUGCCACUUCACCUCUCUGUACAAAAGACCAUAUUUUACAAGGAGGAGAUUUGGUUUCAUCAUCAACUCUCGAGGAGCAGAAGUUUCCUCUCUUUGACUUCCUACGCUCCAAAGGCAAUCCGUCCUUCUCCAUUCUUAGAGUUGCAAUAAACCUUUUUGAGGCCUACUUUCAGGAGCUCUCUCAACUCAAAGAUCAAAUCCAUGAUUCGACGACUGAAGAAUUACUAGUGAACUCUCGGUUGAUUGUUACUGGACAUUCUCUUGGAGGAACAAUUGCUUCUCUCUUUACUCUAUGGUUGUUAGACAACAUAAAAAAGACAACCAGAAGAAAUCAACUCCCCUUCUGCAUCACUUUUGGUUCACCCCUUAUAGGCGACCAAGGCUUCCAACGAGCCAUCUCAGAACAUUCACAACGGAAUUCUUGUUUUCUACACGUUGCUGCCUUCAAGGACCUAUCCCCAGGAAUUUUCAUAACUUCACAGCCUAAUCCUCAGUACAUGCCUUUUGGUACAUAUUUCUUCUGUUCUGAGCUGGGAUGCAACUGUGUUGAAGACCCUGAAGUGGUUUCAUGGUUAUUGAAAAGCACAAUAACUCCAGUUUCCGCUGAAGAAAUGGGGAUUGAUGAUUAUAGUGGAAUAGUGAAGCAUCUGAAGUCGAGGCUUAUCAUGAAGGAUAAUUCACAACUUGGCCAACCAGUUACGCCUUCACUUCGGCCGGAGAUGAUUUUACAACUGAAAGCCAUUGGAUUUGAAAUAACUGCUCAGCAGCAGCAGAACAACAUCAUCAAUGAUCUUAUUUCAGAAUGGGAAAGACACGAAAAUCGAAAGGCACAACAAAUGAAGGCUAUUGACCCGAACGAAAAACUAAACAUAGUUAAGAUAAGAAUGGCCAACUUAGAAUGGUACAAGAAAGACUGCAAGGCUAAGGGGGUAGGCUACUAUGAUAGUUACAAGAACCUGUACUUCACAAGAGAUGGAGAGGUUACCAAGCACAAGAAAGUUCUCUUCGAUUACUGGAAAAAAUUCGUGGAGGACCUUGAGCGAAAACCCCAAAAAGAAGGAGCAUUUAUGCGGGAGACAUGGCUUUUCGCUGGAACAAAUUAUAGAAGAAUGGUUGAACCACUUGACAUUGCUCAAUACUAUAGACAGACUGGGAAACGAGACUAUCUAACUUAUGGAAGAUCCAGACAUUAUAUUCUGCUGGAGCAAUGGCAAAAGGAGCAAACAGAAAAACUUGCAGGCCCACCAAAUGAUAAGAAGAAACAAAGUGUGGCUGGUAUUCUUACAGAGGAUUCUUGCUUUUGGAUGAACGUGGAGGAGGCUCUCAUUUCAUGCAAAUUGUUGAAGGAUGAAACCUCCAGUACUUCAGAGAAACAGUCAGCGAGAGAGUCUCUGAAUACUUUCGAGCAAUAUGUGAUGGACCAAAUUAAUAACUAUGCGGUGUCUCCUGAGAUUUUCUUGGAAAAAAGCAGUUUUACGAAAUGGUGGAAAGAUUUUCAGGAAAUCAUUGAAACAUCCCAUAAUUCUCCUCUCACUGACUUCAUGAAGAAUCGCACAUAUCGCCAAUAUGAAAGGGGGCAGUUUUAGACUUUCAGUAUUCAAGAUUGAAUAAAUUGUUUUACGUUCUUAUGCAUUGUAUUACUCCACAAGAAUUUGUAAUCGCUAUUAGGCCAAAUAACAAAUGGUACAAUCGUACUUGUUUCUUUAUUUUAA